AUGGGCGACUAUACAGCAGAAAUUGAACAGAUUUACGCUGGCCUAACCGACCAGCCUCCUCAUACCGAGGAGCAGAAAGUCAUGGCCAAGAAGAUCAUCGAACUCCAUUUAGCGACCUUCAAAUACUAUGACUACAAGAGAACAUUCGAGCUUGUGGAUGAGAACUACAGACAACAUAGCCAGAUGGUCGCCGACGGCCGCGACUCAAUUAUCGAAGCAUCCAAGGUUCUCAAGUCUAUCGCCGCAAAGAACUGGAAAGGCCCAGGAGAACCGCAUUUCAACAUGAUGUUCAAGAGGAUACUGGUGGAUGGGGACUAUAUUGUGGCGCAGAUCUUCUCUGAGCGUUGGCCUGGAGACGCGGGCGAGCAUGUCUUUGACCUUUAUCGAUGGAAGAAUGGCAAGGUUGUGGAGCAUUGGGAUGUUAUACAGCAGGUGGAUGCGGCAAAUAUGAAGCAUGGUAACUCUGUUGCGUAG